UUGGUUGAAAUCAAGAUGGCGGUGUGGAUGCCGCUGUCUUCCAAGAUGUCACCUCCAGCCUCCCUGGGCUGCACUUUGCUACGGAGAGGGCAACAUUCCUCCAGCAAACUGCUCAAAACCUUAAUAUCGUGUCGCAGACGAGGCUACGCGGCGGAGGCCCGGCGUGAGGCGCGGGCCGAGACGAGCGGCCCCCUGGAUCACUACAGCAGGCUGAUCCGGGACGGGACCUUGCGGGAGGACGAGCACCAGAGAGCUGUGAUGCUCAGACUGGACCAGCUGCACAAGACGCUACGCGGGUACAGCAACACGCCCACGUCCAUUUUCCAAAAGUUUUUCACCAAGCCGAAGCCUCCCAAGGGUUACUACAUUUACGGUGACGUGGGCACGGGUAAAACCAUGGUCAUGGACAUGUUCUACUCGCACGUGGAGACGGAAAAGAAAAAGAGGGUCCACUUCCACGGGUUCAUGUUGGACGUACACAAACGGAUCCAUCGCCUUAAGCAGAGUUUGCCAAAGAGAAAAGCGGGCAAGAUGGCCAAAUCUUACGACCCCAUCGCCCCGGUUGCCGAGGAGAUCAGCGAGGAAGCUUGCCUACUGUGCUUCGAUGAGUUUCAGGUGACGGACAUCGCCGACGCCAUGAUUCUCAAGCAGCUGUUUGAGAACCUGUUUCUCCAUGGCGUGGUGGUCGUGGCCACGUCCAAUCGCAUCCCUGAAGACUUGUAUAAAAACGGGCUGCAAAGGGUCAACUUCGUGCCUUUUAUUGCCGUGUUGCAGAAAUAUUGCCAAACUCUUCGUCUGGACUCAGGGAUUGACUACCGCAAGAGGAACAGACCCUCUGCAGGGAAACUUUACUUCCUUUCCAGUGAGGCUGAUGCAGAAGAGAGGCUUGACAAGCUUUUUGACGAGCUGGCCUUCAAGCAGAAUGACAUAACGCGGCCAAGAGUCCUUAACGUGCACAACAGGAAAGUGUGUCUGAACAAAGCGUGCGGGACCAUCUUGGACUGCACAUUUGAGGAGCUGUGUGACAGGCCCCUAGGGGCCAGCGACUACCUGGAGAUCUCCCGUCUGUUUGAUACCGUCUUCAUCCGCCACGUCCCGCUGCUGACGCUCAACAAGAAAACACAAGCCCGGCGACUCAUCACGCUGGUGGACACGCUCUACGACCAAAAGGUGCGUGUGGUGAUCCUGGCCGAUCACCCGCUGGAGGAAGUCUUCGUCCUCGAGGGCGACCACGGCCACGACGAGAGCCACAUCCUCAUGGAUGACCUGGGACUCAAAAGAGAAGAGGCCAGCGGUCUGUCCAUCUUUAGUGGUGAAGAGGAGAUGUUUGCCUUCCAGAGGACAGUCUCCAGACUCACCGAGAUGCAGAGUGAAGAAUACUGGCUGGAAGGAGACCGCAGCACUAAGACCAAACCCUAAUGUAGCUCCACAUUUUGACCGGUUUUUCUUUUUUAAUUUAAAUUAUUUUUUUUUUUUAAAUCCCAAAUGUAAAUGAGAAAUCAUUUUGUUUGUGGGCUAGAACUGUUUUAAAAAAAAAUUGUGGGAUACAUGUUUGUUUUAACAACGCGGUUUUAGGGCUACGCUGAAAAGAAAAAAGAUGUACAGAGAAUAAAGUUGUACACUGUAUUUAAUAGAAAAUAUUCUUUUUAAUUGUAAUUUUACAAAGGGAUUGCUAUUUUAAUCUUUAAAAUAUUUGACUCAAUACCUGUAAAAUUACAUUAAUUUUGACUCAAAAAUAUAUAUUUUUUCCCCUUCAACUUUUAUAAAAUAUAUGCUAUCUUAAGUCUACGACUGCUCUAGUAUUAUUACAAAUGGAAUCUUUAAAAUAUGCAACUUUGUCAUAUUUUCAAUAUCAAAAUCGUAAGAGUACAAUAAUAAAGUUGAAGAUAUACAACUUUUUAUCUAAAAAAAAAUACAACUAGAAUAAUUCUCAAAAAUACACAUUUUCAUAAAUGACUAAUGUAGAAAAUAUGACUGCAAUUUUAUGAUUUCAAUCCCUAAAAUAUACAAUUUAAUUCUCACAAGAUUGUGACUGAUCUAAAAAAAAAAAGAGCAUUUUUCUUCUUUUCAGUGUAGCUCUAAUAGUAGAGUUUUUAAACAGAAGAACACUAAGUACUACUCAAACUCUACUCACUCCAACUGAUCUUAGCGGGAACACACUGAAAGGAGAUGUACAGGAAUUAUUUAUUGCAGUCUUUUUGCACUUUAAGACGUGAUUUUAAGAUAAAACUUGUAUCACAGCAGCCCAACUGUGUAAGAAGUUGUGGGGAAAGAUUUCAAGUUGUAAAUGUGACAUCCAUCAAUACAUGCGAAAUUGUCAUAAAUCAAGAGCAGUUUUGUAAAGUGCAACUCAAAAUGUCCUAACAUUAAAUGUACACAAACUUGCUGUACAAUGUACAUUUUUUUUUUUUAUUAGAAACUAUUAUCAUUUAUCUA